UCUCGGUGUUGCGAAUCUCCUCCAUUUUUCAGUGAAUGUUCUCUUAUUUCCCCGCAGAACUCCCUUCUUCUUUCUGUGACCCGAUAGCGCAGACCCCAGUUCAAUUUCGCUGCUCACACCAUGGCCGGCAUCGGUGAAGAAAAUCACAAGAAGCGGAAGCUCCCCGAGGGCCCCGAGAUCGAGAUCGACGUUUCUGCACCCGAGCCUCCCUCCAAGAAGGCUUUGCGAAAGCUCAAGAAAAAGGCUGCUGAACCCCCGUCGGAGUCCACGACAGAGGCGAAGGCGCCGGCACCGGCACAGGCCCCUGUCGACAGUGCUGCUGCUAAUCCUCAGAAGCGCUCCGAGUAUGGUGUCUGGAUCGGAAACUUGCCAUUCUUUGCGACCAAAGACGAUGUGCGCAACUUCUUCACAAGCAACUGCACCUUUACGGAGACGACAAUUACCAGAAUUCACAUGCCCAAGUCCGGUGAUAAGCACGGAAAACCCCAGAAUAAAGGAUUCGCCUACGUCGACUUCUCUACGCACAAGGCCGCACAGGAGGCCCUUGGCCUCAGCGAGCAACUUCUGACCGGACGGCGUGUGCUGAUCAAGGAUGCAAAGAAUUUCUCCGGGAGACCGGACAAGCCUCAGGGAGAGGGUCAGAAGGGCAAUGCUGCGGCAUCUGGAAACCCCCCGUCAAAGCGUAUAUUUGUCGGUAACCUCGGCUUCGACGCUACGAAGGAGCUCAUUGAAGAGCACUUUGCCCAAUGCGGGACGGUGGCAAAUGUACAUGUAGCGACAUUCCAGGACUCUGGCAAAUGCAAGGGUUACGCUUGGGUGGUGUUUGAGGAUCUCGCAGCCGCCGAAGCAGCGGUGAAGGGCUUCGUGAUGGUGAACGAAGAUGAUGAAGAGGAGUCCGAGUCCGAGUCUGAAACCCAGAAAAAGUCAAAGAAACCGCGCCAGAAGAGAGUUUGGGUGAACAACCUGCUCGGUAGGCGGCUGCGGAUGGAAUUUGCCGAAGAUGCCACGACGCGCUACAAGAAGCGAUUCGGCAAAGAUGGAGAGGGCAAGAAGAACGAUACCGCAGACAUCAGCGAGGUUGGGUCUGCGGAACACGAUUCGAUGGGCGAGCAGCCUCGCCAGUCGCGGCCUGGCAAGGCUAGGAAGGAAAAGCCCGAUUAUACGAGAUACGAUCAGGAGACUGUGCAAAAGCUUAGUGGGGCCAUCGUCGAAUCGCAAGGAAAGAAGAUCACCUUCGAUUAGGAGUGCUCCCUCGUCAAAUAAGGAUGUGCAGCUCGGGAGAACAGAGAAGACGAUCGGACAUGGAGAAUCGAACCCUCCUUGCUGGCGGACCACACGGAGCUCCGCAUUAUCGGGCAGUGUAUCCUGACCGUUGGAAAUCGUUGUCAUAGUGAACUGUGACAUGAGUUGUCCCAUCCUUGCAUGGAUACCAUGACCCGUCGGUUCAUGGAGAAGACGGCCGUGGGCGGCGCUCUAGAAACAUUGAGGAUGGUGGUCCUCAGUACCCUGAUACCCCAAAAGUCUCUUGUACAGAAUGUAUGUAAGCCAUGAAGCAAUAUAAUAACCCACGGACGGGAAUGAUGAGCCAUGUUCA